GGGGGUUUAGCAGGAGAUCGUCGUCCACACUUGACCUGGCUUUCCCCGUGGCAACUGAUUAAACAUCUCUUCUUCUUUUUUUUUUUUUCCUUGCUGAGAAAUUUGUUUAAAAGCUGUUGAGGUAAUUUUCUAGAAGAUUUUACCCCUCUUUCCUCUCACUCAAACUAUUUCUCUCUCUCUCUCUCUCUCUCUCUCUCACACACACACACACACUCUUUGUGUGAUAUAUAUAUAUAUAUAUAUAAUUCUCCAUAUCUCUCUUCCUCUCUCAUUCACACUCUAUUUCUCUCUCUUAAUAAUCACGAUUUUUCCUUCCCUCUUUUCUCCUCUCCCAAACUUUCUCUCUUUGAAUCUCUCUCUCCCUCUCUCUCUCCCUCUCUCCCUCCCUCUCUCUCUCUCCCUCUCUAAAUCACUCCUUAUCUCUCUCUCUCAAUCUCUCUCAAUCUCUCUCAAUCUCUCUCAAACUCUUCAUAAAAUCAAAUCAUCACCCUCAAAGUCAGUAUCCUACACUGUGCAAUGGAUGAUACUUGCGCUUGAGAAAUGCUUCAGAUGUCUUACGUUUAUAUUAUUCUGGAUGUAAAUCUUGUCAUCAUCAUGUUUUUAAAAUGAAUGAGUACAAUGUAACUGUAACACAACACUCUGUAGUGUAGCUUCGAAACAACAUACACAAACCUCUUACUCCCUCAAUCUAAACUCUCUUUAUGUCGUUCUCUUCCCAGCAACUUUAUUGUCAUAUUUCUUGCUUUAUUAUUAUGCAACUAUAUUUAAACAUUAUACUCAGGGCCGUCUGUUACAAAACAUAAUCAUAAAUAAACUAUAAAUAAUCACAGAGGGUAAUAAAUUAUCAUAAUUGACAGAACAAAUUAUUUAAUACAAAUCGACAUAAUAGUUUGCGUAAUUGUUGUGUGCAGAGAAUUGUUUUGUUAUUGGUUAAAGUCAAUGGUCUUAAGGAUGUCAUUUUCCAUGCACAUAAGUGAAAGCCAGUUCAAACGUUUUUGUCCUAUUGUAAUGCGAAGCUGAUUCUUACCUUAUUUAUUUGGAUUCAUAUCUGGGAAAAGUAACGCUUGAUGACGAGAGUUAUCCCCCUUUAAAAAUGUAAAAAUUUUCCAACUUAGAUUGGCAUUUAUUAUAAUAAUUUUGGAAUGCGCUGAUAUAUAGCGUGGGUUAAAUUGGGUAAUUGGGAAUUUUAAAUCCAAUUAAAUUUUCAAAAUCUUUCAAUAUUCAUUAAAAAUAUGUAAAGCAUGUUGCCUCUAUAAGAGUGAGUCUCCUAGAAACGUGGUGGGGACCGUACAAGCGUGGAGCCCUGGGCCAGUGCCCACUGGGUCCAUGCCUUAAGACGGCACUGAUCAUACUAUACCUAUUUACAUAUUAUACUAUUCUCUAUUUACACACUAUACUAUUCUCUAUUUAAAAAUCAUUUUUUUUCUAUUUUCUCAUCAUACUAUCCUCUAUUUACACAUCAUAUUAUUAUAUAUUCACAAAUCAUACCAUCCUCUAUUUACAAAUCAUUCUAUCCUCUAUUAACACAGCAUACUAUUAUCUAUUUACACAUCUUACUAUUCCCUAUUUACACAUCUUACUAUUCCUUGUUUUAAUAUCAUACUUUCCUCUAUUUACACAUCAUAUUAUCCUCUAUUUACAAAUUAUAAUAUUCUCUAUCUACACAUCAUACUACCCUCUGCCCAUUUACCUAGCCCACCCUUAACCACGCUCUCUGAUACCCAUUUUUUUUUGGUUCUAUUUCUAGCGCUCUUUCUCCUAUCCAACGCCGGCCUUAGGUAAAUUUUCGCACUGUGCAAAGCUUCCGUUCGGCGCCCCAUUCCUAGUAUCUGUAUGGAUCCACUCUUUUUCCGAUUACUUUUUCUGCUUUGCGCUUGCGAUUUUGCGCCCCGGAAAGCUUUUUUGCUCCCAAUUUUCUUUCUCCUGAAAUAAUUGUAAGGGGGACAAGAAAAUACGGUAUUAAUUUCCCUUUCGGCGUGUCCCAAACCCCAGCGGUAGUAUUCAAAUGAAGAAUGCAACUUUCACUGUAUGGAAUCUCAUUGUAUGAAAACUCACUGAAUGAAAAGCGAUUGUUCGAAAAUCGAGAAUACCGUUUCCCGACCCCCGGACCCGAGGUUCACACUUCACUAUAAUAAACUAACGGAACUUAAAUAUUUUAUGGCCACGGCGCCCUGUGCAAGGGCACAUGUCACACACCCUAAAGGCCGGCGUUGCCCUAUUGACAUUUUAUUUCUCUUCCUCCCCCCCCAUCUCUCUCUCUCUCUCUCUCUUACUCACACACACAUACAAACACUCUCUUACGCAGAGAAACACUUAAUACAUUCAGCUUUGAUAAAUUUCCAUUGCGCCACCCCCACUUUCUCUUCCCUGAAGACUAUCUGUGACUUGAGCCAGACUUUCUGUGACUUGAGCCAGAGUGUGAUGGCGUCGACCAGCGACUGGGACCCGUGGGGGACAGAGAAUCAGACAACAGACAAACCACUCACGCCCCUGCCGGGUGACCUGCUCCAAGUAUGGCACGUGGCGUCAGCACAGGCUCUCUCCACGAGAGGGAAAUAUCCCAGAGUACCUUUUCCCCGAUCACACGUGAGCCCCGCCGAGCCACCCAGCCUGACAUUUUUACCACAAUACGAAUGCGAUUAUUCAAGAGUACUCUCCUAUUCAUGUCCGGCAGAUACGCCAGAAUUACAUCUAUCGGCUAUACAUUCUCCGAAGACUUGCCAGUUGAGCGCCACAAACCAAGGGAGAUCGAAACUGAAAAUGGAUAAAAGAAGUGCGAAAAGACCGAAUAGUAAAAUUGUUUUGGGUGUAAGUCUAAAAGUAAAACAUACACCCCGCAAGCAGCAGACACAGCCAAAGUCUGUUUUAGGAAUAGACGAGCAAAUAGCUAGCGACACUCUCCAAACCCACGAACGCGAAGCGCUAAACGGUAAAAAAAGACGGAAGAAAUACUUGGCUCAGCACACCUACGACAUGAGCUUCCCGCCUCUCUUCGACAAAGCUCGCCUCGGCGGCUCUCACCACCUGACCCCUCACCGCCAGAAACGCUCCAAAACUCAAGAGACAAAGUCCGACAUCGGCUGCUCGAUUAAAUGCCAGACGUUUCAAUCCCUGCCCCGUUUGCAUUCCACGUUUUGGGACUACGGGCCCGGCGAGCUGGUUGUCCAAGCCAAAGAAAGCCCCACGGAGACCAGCUCGACGGAGCGAGAAGGCUCUAAGAUGGCACCGAAAACGCUAGAGCAAACAACACGUGCCCACAACAGCGACAGCCUUUACUUUUCGUGCUUCCCACUCCUGGUAGAGAAAAGCGACAAUCAGAAUAGACAAAAGAACAAGACUUUCUCCAGGCUGCUGAG